ACCACAUCAUUUCUGAAUAACUGGGAUAUUGAGAUCACAGAAGGACUGGUUUACGUCGUAGGACACUGUAGAGUUUAGACUUCAUAAGGCUGGCAGGCGUGGGGAGAGGUCGGGAGCAUGGCUGAACCACGCCGAGACAGCACCAGCAGCCUGCAAAGGAAGAAACCGCCAUGGCUCAAACUGGACAUUCCCACUGCUCAGGUGUCACUGGACGAGCCCCCCACCUUUGUCCAGCCGGUGAAGCGACAGGGUUUCCUCCGCAGCGUAAGCAUGCCAGUGGAGACCACCCAUCUCCAGUCCAUGCCGCGGGACCUCUUUGACCCCCGGCGGGCACCGCUGCAGCGCCAGUCAUCCAUCACACAAACCAUCAAAAGGGGCACGGCGGACUGGUUUGGGGUCAGUAAGGAUGGAGAUGCCACUCAGAAAUGGCAGAGGAAGAGUCUGCGACAUUGCAGCAUGCGCUACGGGAAGCUCAAGCCUCAGGUGAUUCGUGAGAUGGAGCUGCCCAGCCAGGACAACAUAUCUCUGACCAGCACGGAGACACCACCUCCACUUUAUGUCCCCAGCUCCCAGCAUGGCAUGCAGAAGAUCGUGGAUCCUUUGGCACGUGGGCGAGCUUUCCGUAUGGUGGAGGAGGUCGAUGGGUACAGCGUGCCCCAGACUCCCAUCACCCCCGGCGCCGCCUCGCUGUGCUCCUUCGCCAGCUCUCGGUCGGGCCUUAACCGGUUACCACGACGACGCAAAAGGGAGUCUGUUGCAAAGAUGAGCUUCAGGGCGGCAGCCGCUCUGGUUAAGGGGCGUUCCUUGCGAGAUGGCACCUUGCGACGGGCGCACAGGCGCAGUUUCACUCCCGCUAGCUUCAUCGAGGAGGACGUGGUUGACUUUCCAGACGAGCUGGACACAUCAUUUUUUGCCAGGGAUGUCUUGAUGCAGGAGGAGAUGUCCACGUUUGCUGACGAGGUGUUUGAAUCUCCGUCUGACUCCACCAUGAAGGACGUUGACAGUAAGGGACUGGAUGAGUCCGAGCUGACUGGGAGCGCACUGGAUAAGAGCGAGCUGGAGAAAAGCCACCUCAUGCUGCCUCUGGAGAGAGGGUGGCGUAAAGCCAAAGAGGGCACCCCGGGACCACCCAAAGUCCGCCUCAGGCAGGAAGUCGUUAGUGUCAACGGGCAGCGGAGAGGUCAGCGCAUCGCGGUACCCGUCAAGAAACUCUUCGCGAAAGAAAAACGACCGUAUGGACUUGGCAUGGUUGGCAAGCUCACCAACCGCACAUACCGCAAACGUAUCGACAGCUACGUCAAGAGACAGAUAGAGGACAUGGACGACCACAGGCCUUUCUUCACGUACUGGAUCACAUUUGUCCACUUGUUGAUAACUAUCCUGGCUGUGUGUAUCUAUGGCAUUGCCCCAGUGGGCUUCUCUCAGCAUGAAACAGUGGAUUCGGUUUUACGAAACAAAGGAGUGUAUGAAAACGUCAAGUUUGUUCAGCAAGAGAACUUCUGGAUCGGACCAAGUUCGGAAGCGCUGAUCCACCUGGGAGCCAAGUUCUCGCCCUGUAUGCGGCAGGACAAAGAGGUUCACGAUCUAAUGGAGCAGAAGCGAAGCAUCGAGAACAACUCGGCGUGCUGCGUGCGGAACGACCGUUCGGGCUGUGUGCAGACCUCAGAGGAGGAGUGUUCAAGCACGUUAGCUGUAUGGGUGAAAUGGCCAGCGCAUCCUAGCGCCCCUUUUUUAGAGGGCAAAAAACGUCAGCAUGGUUCUGUGUGUCAUCAGGACCCAAGGACAUGCAUAGAGCCGGCCUCCGUAGCACCUCACGAGUGGCCCGAUGACAUCACCAAAUGGCCGAUCUGUACCAAAUACAACACCGGUAAUCACACGAACCUGCCUCAUAUUGACUGUACUAUCACUGGCCGGCCCUGCUGCAUCGGAACCAAAGGGAGGUGUGAAAUCACAUCAAGGGAGUACUGUGACUUCAUGCAUGGCUAUUUCCACGAAGAGGCUACUCUCUGUUCCCAAGUGCACUGUAUGGAUGAUGUGUGUGGUCUGCUGCCCUUCCUAAACCCAGAGGUCCCUGACCAGUUCUACCGCCUGUGGCUCUCUCUGUUCUUGCACGCAGGGAUCCUGCACUGCCUGGUAUCAGUGGCCUUUCAGAUGACUAUCCUGAGAGAUCUUGAGAAACUGGCCGGAUGGCUGCGUAUAUCAAUCAUCUAUAUCCUGAGCGGCAUCACAGGAAACCUGGCCAGUGCCAUCUUCCUCCCCUACAGAGCCGAGGUGGGUCCUGCUGGCUCUCAGUUUGGGAUCUUGGCAUGUUUGUUCGUGGAGCUGAUCCAGAGUUGGCAGAUCCUGGCCCAGCCGUGGCGGGCCUUCACCAAGCUCCUGUGUGUGGUGCUCUUCCUCUUCGCCUUCGGACUGCUGCCUUGGAUCGACAACUUCGCUCACAUCGUCGGCUUCGUCUCCGGCUUCUUCCUCUCCUUCGCCUUCCUCCCUUACAUCAGCUUCGGCCGCAUGGACAUGUACCGCAAGCGCAUCCAGAUCAUCGUCUUCCUGCUGGUUUUCGUUGGCUUGUUCGCCGGACUCGUCGUGCUCUUUUACGUGUACCCGAUCAAGUGUGAAUGGUGCGAGCUGCUCACCUGCAUUCCCUUCACGGACAAGUUCUGUGAGAAGUACGACCUCAACGCCCACCUUCACUGAGGGGACGAAUGGGGAGGGGAAGCAGAGGGAGAGGGCUUCACGGACAGAGGGAUUUUGAUUGGUUGAUACCGUAUAGAUUCAGCCAAUCCUUGGACUCUGCUCUCUACCACCGCUCCUGUAAAAGGAUGCAGAAAAGCUGUACAACGUCUCUCCUUGGUCGAAGCCUCUACAGACUCAGACUGUGAUGCCUU